CCCGGCUGUGUGUAUUACUACACUGCGCAGAAUCACUGGACAACCGCCAACAACAGCCAACAAACUCUGGUGUCGGCAUACCAGAUUGCCGGCCAUCGACCGAGCACGUAUAACGCCACCGAAUCCCGGCAACACUUUUGUCCUUUGCAUCCAUUUUUCAGACGAAACGGACGAGAAGAACCCAGUGCUCUUCACUCCCGAUUUGCUACACGCCCAGAGUCCCUGCUGCAAUCACCAUGGCUCCUACAGUAGCUCGCUCUACGAUUGACAUCACACCCCUCCGCCAGGCUAAUUUGCCAAUCAUUUUUAUCCUUGGUGGACCGGGCUCUGGCAAAGGAACUCAAUGCGAAAAAAUCGUGAACAAGUACGGCUACACCCACCUGUCGUCGGGUGACCUUCUGCGAGAUGAAGUUGCCUCUGGGUCAGAAAGAGGUAAACAGCUGACGGAUAUUAUGCAACGCGGAGAACUUGUUCCUUUGGACGUCGUGUUGGAUCUGCUGAAGGAGGCAAUGCUGUCCAAACUCUCAACUUCCAAGGGUUACCUUAUCGACGGCUAUCCGCGUGAAGUGGCACAGGGAAUUCAGUUUGAGAGUGAAAUCAAUCCGUGUGCCUUGGUUAUUUACUUCGAAGUCAGUGACGACGUCAUGACUGCGCGCUUGAUGAAUCGCGGUUUGACAUCCGGGCGCGUCGACGACAACGAAGAAACCAUCCGGAAGCGGCUCGACACUUUCCACAAACACUCGCUGCCCGUUGUCGAACAUUACGGCACUAAAUGUCGAACGAUUUCGGCCGAAGCUCACCCGGACGAAGUUUUCCAGAAAGUUUCGGAAGCCUUAGAAACCCUGUCAUAAACCGGAAGACUUUGGUUGGUGACUCUUCUAUAAAUAGACUUCUUCAAUAGACACACCCAACUUAAUAACAUAAAGGUGCUGGUCUCCAGCAUCAGCAGCAAAAGAGUGUUUUUAAAAAAUAAAAAGAUUUGUUUCGUUUUUCUUUUGCUUUUGUCUUUUUUCGUACUGCAGUGUAUGUGAUGCUGAUGGACAGGUUUGUCAUAUACACGAAUACAGAGUU